GGAAGGCGGUGCUUUACUUUUGCUCUCGAGAGUACUCUCAUCGCGCACUCUUUAACGGAACUUGUUCGGCGCACGCAGAUCUUUUCAAGGCUCUUUUCUUUCGGGAGAGCCGCCGCACGAAUUCUCUAUUUUUUGGCCCGUCACGUGACUCGAUUCGCGAGGCGGAGGCCAACAAUCCGCUCGCAGAAACAGCACACAACGAGGAGAGGCGCCGCGCGAGAGGCACGUCCGCGCUCGAAGAGAAAAUGUCUUCCUUUUUUGCUGCCAUCUUUUUGCUUGGCCUGUGUCUGGCCAACGCCAUCGACUUCACAACCGUCUACGAGUGGAAUAAAUUUGAUUUCGUCCGGCCGUCAGGAGUGGACACUUCAAAUGGACAAAUUGGACAACAUUUUCAUCAAGAUCAAGUUUAUUUUCAAUACAUGGCUGUGUUUGGAGAAAGGCUGUUUCUAAGCCUGGAUUCGUAUUCCGGAAUUCCCGCCACUUUGGUGUGGCUGCCAACGAGCGGCUCGUCGACUGUCCCUCCAAAGCUUGCUCCUUUUCCAUCUUGGAAUUUACAUAUGAAGGACAACUGCGACACUAUUCAGGCGGCCAAAGGAAUGGAAAUUGACACUGACGGUCGGUUGUGGGUGCUUGAUCAAGGUAGCAGCAAAUGUUCAAGCAAACUUUGGAUCUUCGACCUGCUCAACAACGACACAACCGAGCUUGUCCACCAAUUCCCGGAUUCAGUCGUCUCUCAUAGAUAUUUUAAAAGGGAGCUGCGUGACAUGGUGCUCGACAAAACGCCAGAAGAUUACCUUGCGUACAUCACGGACUCUUUUUCUGACAAAAUCGUAGUUUACAGCCGAAAAAUGGACAAAUCCUGGACGGUUACGACACCAGGGAGGAAAUGGAAUUCGUUGGCCCUCUCUCCUGACGGGGAAGCGACGCAGUUGUACCUUGCAAGAUAUUUUUCCAAUGAACUCUAUUCAGUGUCUGUUUCUGAGCUGAAGAACGAAGGCGGAAGAGCUGCUGUCAAAUUGGUCGGCGAAUGGUUUAAUAUUCCUUGCAGAAUGUUAAUCGACAGUGCCAAUGUCUUGUAUGCCGCCUUUAAAUACCAGAGUUACCUCUCCAAAUGGAAGAAUAUUUCGGAGCCCUUUCGAGAUCAGCGAUUUUACGAGGUCGAAAGACUAGAUGCUGAACAGCCAUUUACCUUUGCCUUGGACACGAACGGAACUUUAUGGUUGACGGAAAGAAAUGCAACUGGCAGUGAGAAAAGGCAUAAAAUAAUCAAGGCUGCAGUCGGCGCAAGAUCGUAUUUAUUCAAGCCGUCCACAGCCAUGACUGCGCCUCAAGCCUACGUGAGUGGAGGAGAAACUUCGGAUGACAUGAAAAUCACGCAAACGCCGACAGUAAUUGUGAUUUCGUUGCUCGUGUGUUGCUUAUUCUUGUGCGGCUCUUGUCAGUGUGUGGUUAACCUUGUGAGGAUGAGAAGAAAGCAAACCUCUUUGAGGCAAAUUUCGAAGGACAAUCGUGAGCAACGAUCGGCAUUGGUGCCAGUCAACUUAUAAUUUCUUAUUGAGCAUAAAAAUGUCAGCAAAGAGUUUUCUACUGGUGGAAGUUAAUAUGAAAUAAUGUGUUGUAUUUAAUGAACAAUAUUAUUUUAAAAAUACUUUAAAGCUUUUGAUUUUUUUUAACGGUAUUAUCUUUAUAUCGUGGCAAAUAAAAAUAUGACCUUUUACCAGGCCGAAUGGU